GUCACGUGACGCCCCCGGUUCCGGCGCGGCGGAGGCCCGGAGCGGUGAGUCUCCGGCACCAUGACUGCUUCUUCUGGCCGACACGCGCGGCCUGGCCCUGGCCCGCUGGCGCUGCUCGUUCUGUUGCUGCUCGGUCCCAGCUGGGUCCUCGGCAUCUCCUUCCACCUGCCCAUUAAUUCUCGCAAAUGUCUCCGCGAGGAGAUCCACAAGGACCUGCUCGUGACGGGCGCGUACGAGAUCACCGACCAGUCUGGGGGCGCUGGCGGCCUGCGGACCCACCUCAAGAUCACAGAUUCUGCCGGCCACAUUCUAUACUCUAAGGAGGAUGCAUCCAAGGGGAAGUUUGCCUUUACCACUGAAGAUUACGACAUGUUUGAAGUAUGUUUUGAGAGCAAAGGCACAGGGCGGAUACCUGACCAGCUCGUGAUCCUAGACAUGAAACAUGGAGUAGAGGCAAAAAAUUAUGAAGAGAUUGCAAAAGUGGAGAAGCUCAAACCACUAGAGGUAGAGCUGCGACGCCUAGAAGACCUUUCCGAAUCCAUUGUCAAUGAUUUUGCUUACAUGAAGAAGCGAGAGGAAGAGAUGCGGGACACCAAUGAGUCGACCAAUACCCGGGUUCUGUACUUCAGCAUCUUCUCCAUGCUCUGUCUCGUUGGACUGGCCACAUGGCAGGUCUUCUACCUGCGGCGCUUCUUCAAGGCCAAGAAGUUGAUUGAGUAACGAGUCCCUCAGCAGAACAGCCGCUGGGUCGUGCCUGGCCCUGGUCUCCUGCCUGCAGCUCUAUCGAUGCACAUUGGCACUUCUUGCCAGAACUGACCUGGUGUGGAAAGCCGGGGGCACCACCUGCGCCCAGAAGUCGAUAAGAGGCUUCCUUUAACUUGGUGGGGUUUGAAUUGGUUUUGUAACAAUAGGACUAUUAAUAGAGUCACCUGUGACAAAAAAGAGAAGUUCCCUAGGUAAUGCCACAGCCAGCACUCGUCCUGGGUCUCCUCCUGUGAUCAGUUUGAACUGUUUGCUUUCCUCCUCCCACUUGCUCACGGUUGGGGCUUUCAUCCUAGCUCUUUUACCAAGAUUUGUAUGGCAUGGAACUUGUUUCUUACCAAUUGUCAUCUUUGGGUUUUCUUAUGAAAACAUCCUGAACUUGUCUUUACCUUUAGCUGAAAUGUUUACAUAGCUUGUGGUGAUAUUUAUCAUAACUUUAUGUCUCUUAAAAGGGUCGUGGAUGUAAAAGACAGGCUUGAACUACAGAUAAAUUGUUCAAGAAGAUCUCAUUUUAGAUUUCAGAUAUUUGUGCUGAACUGCUCGAGCUUUUUCCACGUUCCUCUGUCUAGUUCUACACAGUUUCAUCCUGUGUAGAUUCAUGUGACCAUCACAAGAGACGUACAGUUACUGUUCUGUCACAUCCAUCUCUCCUGCUGCCUCCUUAUGCCACAGCCAUCGUCCCCCUUUCCCAACCCUCUGGCAACUAUGACUGUUUACUGGCUUUAUAAUUUUGUCAUUUUAAAAAUGUUACAUAAAUAGAAUCAUACAGAAUUUGACCUUUUGAGAUUGACAUUUUUCAUUCAAUAUAAUUUUCAUGAAAUUCACCCAAGUUGUGGCACAUAUUGAUACUUUGUUCCUUUUAUUGCUGAGUAAUUUCCAUCCUUGCAGGUGUACUGCAGUUUCACCAUUCACCUGCUAAAGGACAUGUGAUUUGUUUUCAGUCUGGGGCCCUUCCUGAUAAAGUUUUGUGAACAUGUGUGUAUAGGUUCUAUAUAAACAUUUUCAUUUCUCUGGGAUAAAGACCCAAAGGGGCAGUUGCUAGGUUUCAUGGUAAGCAUGUUUAUUUUUGUUCAAAACUUCCCUAUUCUUUUUCUAAAAUUGUACCAUUUUA